GCGGGAGGGCGACCACCGCCCGCGGGGCGCAGACCGGGCCUCGACGCCUCAGGAGAGGUGAAGUCUCGCCCGGGAGCGCGGAUGGAGAAGAAGAAAAUUCGGAUGAAAUCCAAAGUUGCCGCUUCCAACCUCCUGCGGGCUCUGCACUCCCUGUACCAGUUUGGUCACCUCUGUGACGUGACGGUUCACACACAGCAUCUGGGCAUUCAGGAGGAGUUCCUGGUUCACAAAGCUGUCCUGGCAGCUUCCAGCAACUAUUUCAAGGGGCUUUUCCUACACGAUGAGAUGCUGGACACCAAGAACUGCACAGUGACUCUGCAAGACAUUUACACAGAGGAGUUCACCUCCUUCCUGGAGUUCAUUUACACUGCAGAAGUGGAGAUUGAGGCAGAAAAGCUGCAACGGAUGAAAGAAAUAGCUGAAAGACUCGAAUGCAAGGAUUUGCUUGACAUUUGUGAGGAGGUGAAAGCAGAGGGCAGGAAGGGCUUGGAUCUGAGCCUCCACCUCAAGGGUCAGCUGUGCACAGAAAGUGGGGCCGCGCAGUGGCCGCGCGUCCCGCCGGAGCAGAGCCACAAGCUGAGUAACUCUUCCCAGGUCGUGGCAAUACCUGUGCAGAGGAAACUCUGGGAUGGGCAAAAGCAUAAAAAGCUGCUGGCUGGCUAUGAACUCAUUGAAGGCCAACCAGCAAGCCUGGAGCAAGGGGACAUGGCUUUUCCAGACCCAAAACCCAGGGUGGCAAAGCUACCAAGGUGUAACCAGACAGGGACCAGAAGCAGACUCAGCAUGGAUGCUGUUAGCCUGCAAAACAAGAACAGUCAUUCCCUCCUAAGCCAGGCCGAGUCAGAGGAAGCCUGUGUAGUCAUUAGGAACACUCUGCCUGAGCAGUGGGAGGAGGAGAACAGUUUGAUUUCCAAGUUAGCCCCUAAACCAGGACGCAGGAGGUCACCGCGGCGCGUGGCGAAGGUGCUGCCGCAGCUGGCGUGUGAGCAGUGCAACGACUCGCUCCGUGUCACCGAGCGGCGCCAGUCACACGGGGGGCUCAAACACGGCCUAAACCCCGCCGUCAAGUCCAGCUGUAGUAGGUGUGAGCAGCUCUUCCCCACUCCGCAGAGCCUCCGGCAGCACCACCUCACUGCUCAUGGCCACGAGCAGGGCUUCUCCUGCGUGUUCUGUGACAAGAGGUUUAAGCGCCAGAAGGCCCCAAGCAACCACAGGGUGCCCAGGCAGCAGCAGCGUGCCCAGGCCUGCCCGUGCUGUGACAAGGUCAUCAGCUCCAAGUGUGGCCUGAGAGUCCACAUGCGAACACACACCGGGGAGAAGCCCUACAAGUGUGAGCACUGCCCCGCCAGCUUUGCUCACAGGUCUGCUUACAGCGCUCACGUAAGAAAAGCUCACGAGGCUGGGCAGGAGAGGCAGCUCGUGCCUGUCUGCUGGAUGGUGGUUCCACCUGAGCAUCAGCCAGACGCAGCGAGCUGUGACAAAGGUCCUGGCAGAGGGACGUGGGCUGGGACAUCAGAGCCUGAACGUGUGCGGCAUGAAGAGGCCACGGGUUGUGAGGAAGAACCUGGGGGUUCAUGUGCUGCUGGAGCAGACUGUAGCAGUGAGCAAGAACAGAAGCAGAAGUGUGAGGAAGGUGAAGCAAGGUGUGAAGAAGGGGAGGAAGAUGAAGGUGAAAUGAGUGUGAAGGGCGAGGAGGAGGCGGGUGAUGACGUGGGGUGCUCAGAAGCUGAUGAUAGCAGAGACAACGAGGUCUGUACGGAGGAGGACGAUGAGGAUGAUGAAUACUCUAACGAGAAGGGUGGUGAGGAACAUGAAUCAGAUGAAGAGUUCAAGGUAAAGAAGGUAAAUAAAAGCAGGGUGCAGAAGAAAUCUGCCUACGUGAUCCGGUGUGAGAAGUGCAAGGAGCAGUUUGUGUCCCGGAAGAAGUACGUGGAUCACUGCAGAGACGUCCACCAGUGCCUGCCGGGUAAGGUGUACCAGUGUGACAUCUGCAGCAAGGCCUUCGCCACUUACAACAGCUGGAAGGAGCACCGGGCCUGUGUCCACACCGAGGAGCGGCACUUCGCCUGCAGCCUCUGCAGCGCCACCUUCAAAAGGAAGAGGGACGUGAGGACACAUUCCAUGCGGAAGCACGAGGGCAGAGUGAAGCGCCCGCUCUGCUCUGUCUGUGGGAAGAUCCUCAGCUCCAGGACAGCUCUUGUGUUCCACAUGCGGACACACACGGGAGAAAAACCCUACGAAUGUGGCAUCUGUCACUCCAGAUUCGCUCAGCCAUCACAGCUGAAGAUCCACACCAGGUCCCAUACAGGGGAAAAGCCAUAUAUCUGUGAGGACUGCGGGGCUUGCUUUGCUGAUAAAGGGAAACUCACUGGCCACAAAAGGACCCACACAGGAGAGCGCCUCUUCAAAUGUGACGUGUGUGGAAAACACUUUGCCACCAACGAAUACCUGAAGUGCCACAAAAGAUGCCACCUGGGAGCCAAGCCCUACAAGUGUGGGGUGUGUGGGAAGACGUUUGGGCUGAGAGCCUCACUAGCUCAGCACAGUAACGUCCAUGCAGAGACCCGGCCCUAUUUCUGCGAGCAGUGCGGGAAGGCGUUCACCCAGCAGGGCGCGCUGCGCCGCCACCAGCGCAUUCACACCGGCGAGAAGCCCUACAAGUGCCGAGCCUGCGAGAGGACCUUCACGGACAUGUCCACCCUGCGCAGACACGUCUCGGUUCACGACCGCAAUGCUCACUGGAGAAGCUUCUUGAUAGAUCUUACAACCAAAAAAGACCACAAUUGGUCCAAAAUAGAGACAUUCUCGGGGGCCUGUGUGGGUGAGGAGCCUGCUCCGGAGGUCUGGUCAGUUGACCAGGGUAACCUCUAUAAACCAGCCAGCGCUGCUCUUCAGGAGGGGGACUGCGUGCCGCCGAGUGUGGGUAACACAGAAGACACCGAUCGCUCCCUUUCAUAUUUAUAAUGUCAUUUACCCUAUUUAGGGCUAAAUGACCUCAAAGGUUCGUUGGUGCAGCCUCACUGGGCCCUGCAGCCCUGUGCCCCUCUCUGCGGGGGAGCUGGCAGAGGAGCGGGCCCUAAUUCCCGUUAAAAGUGUUGGGUUUGGGUCUGAACAGAGUGAUGUUUUGUAACCCCAUCUGGGGUGGCAUGACGGAGCAUGUCUGUGGGCGCUGUCACUGUACAUAUCUGCCUUUUUUAUGCGAAUAAAGAUGCGCUCAUCCCGCGGGGCGCCCGCCACUCAUUCA